UCUCGUUUGCAAGCCGAGAUCACGCGCGCAACAUGGCGACGUUCACUAAAGUCAGCAACCAACUGAAAGAGUUAACGGAAGGCUGGUCAAAAUGGGAAAUCGCCUUGUACGUCGGCGCGCCAGUGGCUUUGGGUGUUGCUGGCUUGUGGUUUUAUAAAAAUAAAAAAAAUUCUGAUAAUGGAAAAGAUUCCAUCGGCCAAGGUGAUAAUGCAGAAAUUUCCGGUACAACAAAAACGACCUCGAAAGUCGUGAAAGAAAAACCUCAGAGUCGCCAGGAUAUUGCUCAAGCAGCAAAAAAUAAAGGCAACAAAUUUUUUAAAGAUGGUUGUUAUGAAGAGGCUAUUACCUGUUACACAGAAGCAAUCAAGACCUGUCCGCCCGAUAUUAAAACUGAUAUGUCCACUUUCUACCAAAACAGAGCAGCAGCAUAUGAAAAUCAGAAAAAGUACGAUAAAGUGGUUGAAGACUGCACAGCUGCUCUCCAGCUAAAUCCAAAGUAUUCCAAAGCUCUAGCAAGGCGUUCAAAGGCUUAUGAAACACUUGAAAAGUACAGAGAGGCACUCGAAGAUAUAACAAAGGCUUGUCUGAUUGAGGGAUUCCAAAGUGCUGCCUACCUACAAGCAGCAGACAGGGUAUUAAAAGCUUUAGGCAAAUUCAAGGCUUCCCAAGAAUAUAAGGUUAAAAAGCCUAUACAUCCCUCACAAUUCUAUAUAGAAAAUUACCUAGCAGGCUUUGUUAACGAUCCUGUGGCACUAAGGUUUAAUGGUGAAAAACCUGCAAAAUAUGACGAGCUUGGUGUUAAGAUCAAGCCAGAACAAGAAGAGAUUGGGGAGAAUGGUGCUGUCAUUUUAGAAAAACCAAGUGCUUUUGAAAGAGCUAAGAACUGUUUGACAACCAAAGAAUAUGAUCAAAUCAUAGCUUUGUGUGAUGAGGAAUUAGCAAAUGAAACAAACUCUCCAUACAUCCCAGAAACACUUCUCCUAAGAGGCACUAUGCGACUGUUGCAUGGUAUUACCAAUGGUGCUCUUGAUGAUCUCAGCCGUCUUGCAAAGAUGGAAAAUGUUGAUAAAGCGCUACGCGCAACAGCUCUAAUCAGGGAAGGUAGUUUGCGGAUGCAAAGAGAAUCCAACGAUGACUCACUGUCCUAUUUUAUGCAAGCUGAAAAAAUUGAUCCCCUAAACUCAGAUGUGUACCAUCAUUAUGGGCAGCAAUUGCUACAGCUAGAAAAGUUGGACGAGGCUAUUGCCAAAUUUGACAAGAGCAUAGAGCUUUCCCCCAACUUUCCAACAUCAUAUGUUCAGAAGUAUUAUGCAGUUCAUAGGAAGGCAAUUGUUAGUGAAAAUCUCACUUUCCUAUCCGAUGCCAAAGUUGGUUUUGAGAAGACAAUAGAAAAAUUCCCAGAAUGUAGUGAUGCUUUAAUCUUGUUUGCUCAGGCUUUAAGUGAUCAAGGAAAAUUUGAGGAAGCAGAAAAAUAUUUCAAGAAAGCACAAGAAGUACAACCCCGGAAUGCUAACAAUGUGGUCCAUAGAGGAUUAAUGAUGCUGCAAUGGAAUGGUAAAGUGGACAAAACUAUUGAGCUCUUAGAUGAGGCUCUAUCAGUUGACUCAACCUGCCAAUAUGCUUAUGAGAUUAGAGGAACUAUUGAGGUCCAGAGAGGCAACUUGAGUGAAGCUAUCAAGGCUUUUAAAAAGGCUAUUGAACUUUCCAAUUCUGAGGCAGAGAUGGCCCACUUGUUUUCACUAAUGGAGGCUGCUGAAGUCCAGGUGAAAGUGGCUCGUGAUCUGAAUAUACAACUUCCAUCUGGUGUUAUGUGAUAAAGGAUUCCCAAUGUUUCUGUACAGUUUCAUGUCAAUUUCCUACACGAGGGGUCAGACCAUAUUCUCAAGCCAACCUCAAAAUUUUUGUUUUCUUCUCCUUACCAAUGGUUGUAGUUUUAUGACAUUUUAGAUACAGUACAUGUAGAUCUAAGUCAAUAAAAAUUGUAGUUUCCCUUAGCUACCAAAGUGGAUUAUGCUGAGGUAUAGGUGAGAUUUCAGUCAUUCUUUAUGUUGUUCAAUAUAUGGGUACCGCCUGGUUGUUCUAGAAUUUUCUUUAAUUUAACUUAUGGUACGAGAGCUUUCCUUUUCAUGGGUUAAAACUAGUAUUUUCAGGAUAGGGUAGUUGUCUAUUAGUGGAUUGGAAGUCUAGAAUGUUUGGUCUGCAGAUUGUGCACCUUCACUGCCACCUCAAUAUGUGUCCUUGGCCAUAAGCAAUCUUAAAGCUUCCACUAAACUGGUCUUUGACUUGGAUCUUUGAAGUUGUUCUAUUACAUCUGAACUUUUUCAGGAUUCCAAUAUUGUUGUACAUUUUUUUUUUUGGUCCCCAAAGCUUCUGAUUUAACCAGAUCAUGCAUUCGUUAUGUAAAUGAAUGUUAAUGUAUUAUAAUUGAUCCAUCAUGUAUUAUUUUCUAGACCAGCCAUUAUUGCAAAAAAUUAAACAAAAACAUCAUUAGAUGACAAAGAAAUAUUUGCAACCCAUGUGGUAUGCUAAUUCCAUGUGAUUUUUUUGUAUGUAUAUGUACUAGUAGUUGUACAUAGACAGAUUCUGUUAACUCUAAUGAAUUGUUUUAUCUGCAUCAAUAAUGUUUUGUUUCAUUCAGAUUAAAAUAAACAUUUAUUUAAUUAAACCAUCA